AUGAAGAAAUUAAUGAAGAAUCUGAAGUGUAUUAAAAUUAUCAAGCUCAAAUGCGAUCCAGAUGAUCCAUUCGUUUGCUUGGGGAAAGAAUUGCUGCCUACCGAACGCUACGCUCGUCCAGAGGAAAAAGGUAUGUGGAAAUAUCCCAUAUGCUGUGGUAGAGUCUGCAGAGACCAGCCUCCUCGCUUGGAUGAAUUUUACUAUCAGAUGAGCGAUAAGAAACGCAAUUACCCACAAACAUGGGUUUCUUGCCCUCCAAUCACUACGAUAGAUAUAAAAGUAUGUCCCGAGCAUCAUCAAAUAAAACCGAUGCCCACAAGACCGACGCGAACGAAAGAAGAAAUACAUGGAAAGAAGGGAGUGGAUAAUCAAAUGUGCAAAAAAACUGCUUGCAAAUUGUCGAAUAGACAUAGAUGGCUGUUGCCGUGUAAGGGUCUUUAUCCAAAACAACUCCAACAACAAAGGGCAGAAUGUUGCUUCAAGGCAGAAGGGUGUGCUAGUCCGCGUAUUCCUCCUAAUUGCAGAAUAACUAGUUCUCUUUCUGAUUGCAAAAAGGAACGCACACCUUAUCCCUCCUAUUCCGAGUGCCAGAAAGUGUGUAAAUGGGAAGUACCGAUCGAUCCCCAUUGCGACACUAUGUAUCAAGCCGAAAUGUGUGAAGUAUGGGCAGAGUAUAGGAGACGCCUUGCCUUAGCUGGCGGGAAAUCGAGUCUGCAUCUGUAA